GAUUAGGUUUGCUUUAGUCAUGUCAGGAUCAGCCCCGGAGGAAGCUCAGACCUCCAUCCCUCAAAGCGCAGCUAGCGUUCCCGAUCCUGCUCCGGUUGCUGUUGGACCUGGAGGCUCAAGUGACGUCUCCUUUGGUGAGCACAAUCUUAGCUUCACCACCACAGACCUCAGCCUGGUGGAGAUGACGGAAAUAGAGUACACCCAGCUCCAGCACAUGCUUUAUUCCCAUAUGGAGGCACAAGCUAGUGAAGGUGAAGUGGAAGCUAGGCUCAAUUCUGCUUUCUUCUCAGCUGGUAAUUCUGCAGACCCCCCUCUGCACCAGGCCUCGCUGAACGCCAGCCAAGAUGGGUAUUCAUCAAACAACGCUGGGAACCAGUCAGUUUUCCCAGUGAUCUGUCAGUCAGGAUUGCCUUCUGACGGCAGUUUGCUAAGUUCAAACCCCUGUGUGGGCCAUAUUGACUUUCAGGAGCUCCGAAUGAUGUUACUUAGCGAGUCCAAUCUCCCUUUGAACCAAGCAGAUAAAACGCCUAACAGUAGCUCUGUAGAAGUCCCAGGACACGGUUUAGUAAGAGUUAAACACAGCGACAAUGUUGUUGGGACGAAUAAAGAAAACGUACUUGUUGACAAUUCAGCGCUGGCACCAGAGUCUAGAUCUAAGUCUGCAGUCAGAGUUCGAUUGGAAGACCGAUUCAACAGCAUCCAGACAGAAAACCCCAGGUGUCAAGAACCCCAAGACUCUGGAGUAACUCUUAACAAUUUAGUAACAUUGAUCCGGCAGCCAUCGGAACUGAUGGGUGUUCCUCUUCACCAGCAUCAGAAUAAGUGUGCUACGUUAGUGAAAAAUAAGGCUGCAGCUGCAACUACUGCUUUACAGUUCACAUAUCCAUUAUUUACUAUGAAUGCGUGUUCUGCUACUGGAAGUGCUAAUGCUUCACAAAUACAGACCUCUGGGACAUCAUGCACUAUUUUGGAAGCUACCAAACAUCAAGACCUUGGGUUACCUAGAACAUUCUCUUUCUGCUAUCAUCAGGAAAUUGAAUCCACGAAACAGACAGUAGGUGCUAGGAAUAAAGCUUUGCCUGAGCAAGUUUGGAUUAAAGUUGGAGACGCCUUAUGCAAGCAAGCAAUAACUAAGAGAAGUCGCAGCCGAAUAAGCCCACUGGAUACAAAUGUAGAUCGAAAACCUCUUAGUGAAAUUCAAAAUAUGCGUGAUAGCCAAAGUACUGCAUCUGCGCAGGGUCCUUGGCAGUCAGCCCAGUCAAAUUCAAGUGUACAGGUGCAAGGUGGGACGCAGGAAGGAAUCUCUCAGCGAAGGGAAAGGCAUAACCGCAUGGAAAGAGACAGAAGGCGCAGAAUCCGGAUUUGUUGUGAUGAACUGAAUCUUCUGGUUCCCUUCUGUACUGCUGACACUGAUAAGGCAACAACUUUACAAUGGACAACUGCAUUUCUGAAGUAUAUUCAUGAAAGGCAUGGAGACUCACUGAAAAAGGUUUUUAAAAUCUAACGUCGUUUUUGUUCUUGAUAAAAACGUGAAAUAUUUUAAAUCCAUCAGACCAUAGCUAAAAGCGUAUGCCAGGCUUUUGCUGGCUGCUAUUUACUUUAUAAGGGACCAAUAUAACAGUAAACAUGCCUUUAAACGUUUUUUUGAUUCACACCUACAUACCCUCACAAUCUCAAAGCCUGUGAACAUAGUAGAGGGCUACGUGCCCUAUAAGCAGCUCCUAGGCUACCCCAUCUGUAGUUGCAGCCCAAGAGUAUCUUAAGAGAGCUGAUGGUGUAUGCAUAGAAAACCUGCUUAUCGAGAUACGUGUAGAGCCCCUUACCAUUUCCUGUUAAAGGUGUAUUGUAUGGUUUCAUUUCACUAGUGUCUUGAAAAACACUAUCUUGCAUAAAUACCCAUAUUAAAUGUAAUCAUUUUUGUAUUUUGAUUUUUAGGAAUUUGAGACUGUAUUCUGUGGUAAAACAGGCAGGAGACUAAAAAUAGCAAGAUCAGAUUCAUUUGUAGCAUGUCCAGUGCAGGAAAACACGCAUGGCUAUGGAGAUCAAGUAGUCUGAACUGACCACCUUGAAUUGCGUGAAAAGUAUGGCUAACUAACAAGGAUCCAAACUGCUUUUUUUUUUUUGUUGUUUUUUGUGUUUAUGUGCUGGGCUUGGUCUCGUGGGAUUAAUUUGACAGGCUCCAGGAUUGUCUUGCAAAAUACAGUGUAGCAUUACAUAAAUAGAGCAUUAAUUAAAACAUGCUUUAUUCAAAACGGAAAUGAAAAAGUAACUACCAACAGUACCACUCAGUUCUCUGCUAAAGGGGCUUCGGUACCAGAGGCCCCAAGAAAACGUUACACCACCUACUGAGUAUUUCCCCUCUUUAGUUAACAAACAUCCACUCUUUUUCUGUUUGUCAUUCUGCAUUGCGCUUUUUUUUUUUUUUUUAAACAUGGCAAGGUACAGCUAGGGAGUGUUGUAGAAUAUCAGU